UGCGCUGCGCUACCACUGCAGUUUUAUCCGGAUGAGUUCAGCUGGCGUGCUACAGACCGGAAGUCACGGGCACAGGACGAAUAGCUACAUGCGACGAUGGUGUUGUAUUUAAACUAUUAAUAUUGACAGUAACUCAUGUGAUGUUAUGACACUGUAAAGAUAUCAUCCUAGAUGUCAUCAUGGACGCUUCACUUCAUUUACAUGUCCUCUUGAUUUAUUUGUACUGUGCAGUAGGUUUCUCCACCAGCUGUGUUAAAAUCUUUCCCGACACUACAUCAAGGAUUUUUGUUGAAGUGGGAACAAACUUCACAGCAACAUGUUACCUGCAGGAAGGUUCCACUUACACCGCUGAUGAUAUUAAAUGGAAUUUAGACAGCAUCAGUCUUCCAGCACACAAAAUAAAUACUACAGCUGUCAGCGUCACGUUUACAGUCAGGAGGAACAUUGACAAGUUGAUCUGCUCGGCCUCUAAGCAGUCGGGGUCAUACCUACCAUCAUGUAGUUAUGGUAUCUUUUUAAAGGGAGGAUAUCCACCCUUGAAGCCAACGAACCUGACAUGCGUUGCCAUUCAAGAACAGAAAUAUAUUUCCUCAGAGUUGCAGUGUUUUUGGGAUCCGGGGAUGCGAGAUCCAAUCAUCGAGACCGUUUACACCCUUUGCGUUUAUGUAACAGACACAUACCAGUCUGUCUGUAAAGAGCGUCUUGCAAGAAGCUGCACAGUCAAUCUGAGCACUUUUCCAUAUCACAUGGAAUUAAAAGUGUGGCUUAUUGUGAGUAAUGCACUAGGCUCAGUGCGGUCAGAUGAGAUCCAGAAUGACGCCUCAUAUUUUGCGAAACCAAGUCCCCCUCUGGACAUUCAAGUUCUUGCUGACAAUUUCCCUAAGUCUCUGUUAGUGGUAUGGAAACCUCCCAUUGAUACAAGCCGUAUGGUUCUUCAUUAUGUCAUCAGAUACUCUCAAGCUGACUCCAAUGUUUGGAAUGAGAUAUCUGUGGAUGUGGAUUACCUGCCGACCUGUAUAUCCAAAUAUAUGAAAAGUAGUAGUCAUGUGCCUGAGGACUCCACAAGGACAUCCACAAGUUCCUUCAGACUGCAGUGUCUGAAGCCUUACACCGAGUAUGUGGUUCAGAUGAGAUGCAAACUUCGGGAAAAAACAUAUCAAAACUACUGGAGUGACUGGAGCACCAAUGCCACAAAUCGCACUACAGAAUCCAAGCCUGAAGGCACACCAGAUCUGUGGCGUAUCAUCCAGCCCACUGCUCAUAGCAGAAAUGUUACAUUAAUAUGGAAGGCCCCUGAUGAAGUUAAUGGAAAAAUCCUGACGUACGAUAUAAAUAUCAGUCAGAGUGAAAUAGAAGUUAUCAAACUGGACGACCUCGAUCGGAUGAGACCAUUUCUAAUGUAUUCAUUGAAGCCGUUUCCAGAAAAGGGGGCCUUUAUUCAAAUGACUGCUGCCAAUUCAGCCGGAGUAUCGCCAACAGCAACUCUCUCCAUUCCCCCGUCUAAUGAAGAGCCUGCUGAAGGCGUGAAGCAUGUGAGCUGCUCUCAGCGUAAUGGACAGCUGUGGGUUGAAUGGAUGCCAUCUAAUGACAAACAACUCUUUCAAUAUCUGCUGGAGUGGCAGAAGAUCCCUCCAGAUGUCAAUCAGACAGGCAGACACUGGCAGAGAGUGUAUGCAAAUGUCAGCAACACCACACUGAACGGUUAUUUUGAGCCGUUCAAGCGAUACAACAUAUCUGUGUAUCCAAUAUACGACAACCACAGCAAAGCAGGACGACCAGUGACCAUAGCAGCCUAUACUAAACAAGGACCUCCACUAGAGGGCCCGAGUGCUAAAGUUGAUAAAUCUAAGAAAACCAGUGCUGAGGUAACAUGGAAUGAAAUUCCCCUGGACAAGCGACAAGGAUUCAUCACCAACUACACCAUCUACUAUAAGACAGGAAACAUCGAGCAGUCUGUGACGGUGAACUCUGACGUUCGCUCGCAUGUGUUGACCGAUCUUAUCAGUGAACGCGAGUAUGUGGUUCACGUCAUGGCAUCAACCAUAGCAGGCUCCAAAAAUGGAACCAAUUUUAAUUUCAAAACAAUGAAGUACGCUGAUGGACAAGUUGAGGUGAUCGUGGUGCUGGUGUGUCUUGGCUUUCUGUUCCUCAGCAUCUUCAUCAUAAUGUUCUGUCUGCGGAAGAGAGAAACGAUAAAGCAGCUGUUUUGGCCGCAGGUGCCAGACCCCUCUGUCAGCUCUAUUGCCCACUGGUCACCUGAUUUUCCAAAAAAGGCCGCCAUGCCCAAAGAAGAUGUUAGCGUGGUGGAAGUGGACGUGUUUGACGGGAAGUCUUUGUGCGAGGAAGACAAGAUCGUGCUGCCGCUGAAGAAAGACAAAUAUCUCUCUGAGGAGCACAGCAGCGGCAUCGGGGGCUCGUCCUGCAUGUCCUCCCCUCGGCACAGCGUAUCCGACAGCGAUGAGGGCGACUCUGGCCAGACCACGGCCAGCACGGUGCAGUACUCGUCUGUGGUGGCGAGCGAAUACAAGGGCCAGACCCCUAACCAUCAGCCUCAUGUGUUUGCUCGCUCUGAGUCCACACAGCCGCUGCUGGAUUGCGAGGAACAUCCGGAGCAUCUCAAUGAUUCCAGAAACUCUUACUUUAAAAGAAGCAAAGGAGUCGAGCUGGGCGGUCUCGUUCAAGAAGGGGAGGAGCUGAACGAUAGCUCUCUUACUUUCUGUCCAAUGGAGGAGAUGUCCCCCAUUGUAGAGAACACACCCACCUCCACCUCUUGUUACAUGCCACAGCAGAGCGGCUAUCGACCUCAGUAGAGAAAACAUGGAUACCAAUGUGCUUGUCUCAGAUUCGAUGGUGCCUCAAGCUAUUAGCAAGUUUUCCAUUUUAGGUCACUUUGGCAUUUUGAAGAGCUGUGAUGAUCUUUCAUAUCUGCUUGCACCCAGUGUAAGCUUGCAUUGAAUAAGAGAUUUUUUUGUUUAUUUUCUUCUAAUCAAAAUUUAUACUUGGUUGUUGCAUUACUAACCUUGUUUAAAAUGAUUUUGCUAUUCAAAGCUGCUUCUUAUAUCGAUAGACUGAAGAUAAAGAUGCUUUAUUUUCUUUUUACUGACAGAUGAUUGGUCAGUCUUGAUGAUAUUUUGAGGUGGUGUGUGACCUCGACUGCUUCAGUGUGAUCACAGAAUGUUUACAUUUCAAACAUAAUAAACUAAAAGUCAAGGCACGUUACCGCCACAUUACCCGUGUCCAAUAGCUGAAUGUAUUUAUAUGCUUUGUGUUAUCUUACCUGUGAAUGGUGCAGUAACAUAUACACAAUUAUUCAAAGACUGUUCAACAAAUUACCAAUGAAUUGUGAAGAGUUGCCACAUUAAGUUAAAGACACACUUUCUGUAAUAUAUUCUGUCUUAUUACUUGAUGUUUAAUGUCAAUAUGGUGGGAGAAAACUAUAUUUUUUAGUUGCCUAAAAUCUCUAAGUAUUAGUUUUAUAUUAUCAAUAAUAUUCUGAGUUAAUGUUUUUUAUAUACAAAAAAAAAUUCAUUUACCUGUAUUUCAAUAUGUUUCAUUGCUUCCACCACGAUUAAACUGACACUACACUGAAAUGCAGUAUUUUCAUUGCAUGCCAUUUUACAUGUAUAUUCUCAUUGAUGUGUACUUCAUACUAUGUUAAAUAAA